UCAUUUCCCAGAGAAUAUUCCCCCAACUAAAUCGGACCCACCGACUUCGGAAGCUCGUGUUUUUCUACAGAGUCCCCCGCCCCUCCUCUCCCUCCCGCUCUGGCUCUCUUAACCGGCAUGUCUUGCGGCGACUGCCUUCUUGUUCUUGAAUCUCAUCAAGACCGUCCGCUUUCUUCACUGCUUUCUUGACCGAAUCGCGUCCGUCGAUUCCCCCCCGAAAGCGAUGAUGAAGAAAGAAAAUGGAGAUCACGAGGACACGAUGCGCGUGCUAGAGAUCCACCUCAUCUCCGCCCAGGGCCUCAAAGCCCCCGCCGGUACCUUGCGCCGCAUGCAGACCUACGCACUCGCUUGGGUCGACUCGGCCCACAAGCUCCGAUCCCGGGUCGACAAGAUCGGAGCCUCGAACCCAACCUGGAACGACCGGUUCCUCUUCAAGGUUCCGCCGGGCUUCCUUUCCAGCGAGACCUCCGCCGUCUCCGUCCAGAUCUACGCCGUUGGUACCUUCCGCGAUCACCUCGUCGGCUCCGUCCGAUUUCUGAUAAACAAUUUUCUUGACGUCCACUCCAAGAUGCCGUCGUUUACCGCGGUCCAGAUCCGGCGACCUUCUGGAAGGUUCUACGGCGUGUUGAAUGUUGGAGCGAUGGUGAUCGACGGCUCUGAUCUGGCUCCCGCGGUGAACGAGAUGUCGGCGAUCGGAUACCGCGAUCUGAUGGGGAAGGGAGAGAGCUUCGGGCGCAGGCGCCGGCACGGCGACAGCAUGAGGAUCAAGUCUAAGGAUUACUCUGGCGACUCAAAGGAGAAUUCUUGUGCCGAGUCAACGGAGAACUCGGACGCUGGCGAGUCGGUGGCGUCAUCUCCGGCGACGCCAUUGCCGCCUCCGAAGGAGCUGAACGGGGUAGGAGAUUUGGCGGGAACAACAACCAAGGUGUUGAAAGCUGCUCCAUCGGACGGCUCUCGUUUCUUGUGCUGCUUGCUGACGCAGAGGAAGAUUCAAUACACUCCGACGGAUCAGAACCCGGAUGGGGCCCACGGCAGAGAAAGGUAAAAGUAAAAAAGUAAUAAAAGUAAAAAAGUAAAAAAACAAAAAAGUCGACGAUUGAAAAGAAAAUUGUGUGAAUAUUGCUGGUGGAGAUGAACACGGAUUAAUUGCUGAAGAAGAGAGCAUUAACAAACUACAAAUUUCAAGUUACUGAGAGUUGAUUACUACCCAGACUUUAGUUUCUUCUUGAUUCUGAAUGUACAGGAAUCAGGCAGGCACUAGAGAGUGGCUUAGAAUCUUCUAUUAGGAAAACCAUGUAUAAAUUUGUGUCCGUUUGUGCAAAA